AUGUUCAAGCCGGCGUUGAUCCGAAGUACCACCAAGUCCUUUGCCGCGAGAUUUAAUACUACUUCCCGCUGUCUGAGCUUCGGUAAGGGUGUUUUUGAUUAGUUUUUUUUAUUUUAGUGUACUUUCGACUUUGGAAUUUGCUUUCUCUGUAUAAAGCCGAGUUUAUUAUUGUCUUGAUUUUCGGAUGGACCAUGAAGAGUCGUGACUUUCUAAAGAUUAUUUGACCUUCUGUUUUAUCGACGGUUGGUUUUUUCGCCGGCUCUGACCUUACAUUAGGCUUUGGUGUUAAUUUACGCAUAGAGAUUUUUUGUUGCAAUCUUUUAUGUGGGAUUUAUAGGGAACAAGGUGUAAUCCAAGGCUAAUAUUGGCUAUCUUUAGAACUCAAUGAUGAUCAAAGACAACUCAAACAAGCGGUGGAUCAAUUUGUUAAGCAAGAGGUCAUUCCCGUCGCCGCUGAAUAUGAUCGGAAGAUGGAAUUUCCAUGGGAUGUGAUCAAGAAAGCUCAUGCUAAUGGCUUUAUGAAUCUUGAUCUCCCCCAAGAAGUUGGCGGGCUCAAAUUGGAUCUGGUUUCGAACGCCCUGGUAUCUGAGUCAGUGGGAUAUGGCUGCACUGGAAUUGGAACAGUUUUGAUGGCCAAUGAUUUGGCUUCGACUCCUUUAGUUAUUGCGGGAUCUCCUGAAGUUCAAAAGAAAUUCUUGGGAAGACUGAUUGAAGAGCCUAUUGUUGCUGUAAGUUGAGUUUUCGGAUUGAAUUGUUGUUGCUUUAGUCGUAUUGUGUGACCGAACCAGGAGCUGGCUCAGAUGUUGCCGGAGCCAAGACAAAGGCUGAGAAGAAAGGUGAGAGAGAGAGAGAUGAUAUUUUUACAAGUAUUGAAUUGCGAAUGAGCUUUUUUCACGAUGUCAUGUUUGAUUUUCAGGUGAUGAAUGGGUCAUAAAUGGAUCGAAGAUGUGGAUUACCAACGGCGGACACGCUUCAUGGUUCUUCGUCCUCGCCCGCACUGACCCGGAUCCAAAGACUCCGGCCGGAAAAGGCUUCACCGCUUUUGUUGUGGAUGGAGAUACCCCCGGCUUGACUAGAGGAAAGAAGGAAAUCAACAUGGGACAGCGAUGCUCAUCAACGGUCGCCAUCAACUUUGAAGAUGUCAGAGUCCCGAAUUCUCAAGUCCUAGGCGAAGUUGGAAAGGGCUUCCAUGUGGCUAUGAAAACUUUUGACAAGACCCGUCCCUUGGUGGCGGCGAUGGCUGUUGGACUGGCUUCAAGAGCUCUGGAUGAAGCCGCUAAAUAUUCGUUGGAAAGAAAGACCUUUGGAGUACCAAUAGCAGCAGUAAGUGGGACUGGUAGAGGUUUGGGGAUCCAAAAAUUUGUGGUCUUUUCAAGUGUAGUUGGUAUUUUUAUAUCGGUUAUAAGGAUCGCAUUUUCAGCAUCAAGGAGUCUCCUUCAUGUUGGCUGAUGCGGCUGUUGCUGUCGAAAAUGCUCGUCUUAUGACCUACAGAUCCGCCGAUUAUGUCGAUUCUGGCCGCCCAGGAUCGUAUUAUGCCUCCAUUGCCAAACUCUACGCCGCUGACAUCGCCAAUCAAAUCGCCUCAAAUGCAGUCCAAAUUUUCGGUGGAAACGGAUUCAACACCGAAUAUCCAGUGGAGAAAUUGAUGAGAGACGCGAAGAUCUUCCAGAUCUAUGAAGGAACCUCUCAAAUUCAACGGGUUGUCAUCGCAAGACAGCUCCUUCAACGUGUUAAGGAGACCGGAACCGCUGUGGAACCUCUAUAA